UCAAGUUAGCUGAUGUCUGCUGAUGGUAUAGAUUCCAAUUAAUUUCGAUUUCUCACGGCAAUUUAUUGAAACAUACGCAAGAAAUAUGGGAGAAGUGUCGUUAGAAACAUCGGCUUACGCUAAAAUAAUAUUACAUGCCGCUAAGUAUCCUCACUGUGCUGUUAACGGGGUUUUGUUGGCUGAUGGAUCGAAGAUCAGAGAUGGAGCGAAAAACCAAGACUUGGAUAUUGUAGACACUAUCCCGCUGUUCCACCAUAGCCACAAUCUGUCUCCCAUGGCGGAAGUAGCGCUUACUCAAAUAGAAGCAGUAGCGCAGGCAGACAACCGUGUCAUAGCGGGCUACUAUGCAGCAUGUGAGAACUUUAAGGACAACACGGUAGAGAAGUGCCCCAGUCAGAAGAUAGCUGAGAAGAUUGUUGAGCAGUUCCCUUCCGCUGUGUUCAUUGUGGUGGACAACAAACGGAUGGUGCAACACCUGGGCACUCCAGCAAUCAAGAUCCAUAAGUACAGCGAAGGCAAAUGGAAGCCCAAGGAUGCUAAUAAGGUUUUGUUCCAAACGCCGUACGUCCUCGAAACAGUAUCCCAUUUGCUCCAACGUGGAGUCCAGAAAGACCUUGUCGACUUUGACAAUUAUUUGGACGACCUCACCCAGGACUGGACCAACUUGGGCAUAGAGAAGCUGAUAGCAAGCAUCAACGCAUCAAAUAAUAUUGACUGUAAAGCAUAAAUAGUUGUAAUAUGGCGUGCUUGCGUGUGGUGACGGUAUGUCGAAUAUGACACGAUAUUUUGGACGUAAUUGUAAUUUUUUCAGGAAACUUUUUGGCUAUGAUUAGAGAAUGCAACCCCAACUCGAGAUACCGCGGGUUUGGAAAUAUCAGUCCCGCGAGAUCCUGAUAUUUACGGAUUCGUCUAGUUCAUAAAAAAAUGUAACGUUAGGAUGGCUGAAAACUGCUUGUUUGUGAUAAGUAGUGAGGUUAAUUAAAAAAAAAACAAAAACCUUUAUUCUUUAAUAUUACUUACGAAAUAAUUCGCCUAAUCCCGUCAAUCUCAAAUGAGAUCUCGUCAUGUUAUUCUUCUGGAUUGAUCCCGAAAAAUAAGACUAGAUUUCGCGAUACCGGAUUAUGUAAGAUAUUAUAAUUACGCCUAGAUUACGUGUCAUAUUGAACAAUUAUGUGUACUACCAUUUUAGAAAAAUAUUAGUUAAGUAUCCAUAGCUUUUGUAAGAUAAACAUGAAUUGAUUGAAUGUGAAUAUUACUUGGAAAUUUAAUUUACACGAUAAGUAAUUAAAUAACAGUGCAAUAUAUGGGGGUCUUAAUCGGUGGGAAAUAAAGACCAUUUUGCUA